ACGGUGCGGCGCUGCCUCUCCGCAGCGUCAGACAACCGUCCUUCACAUCGGACAGGCGACAGAAGAGACAGCUCGAGCCACCGCCUGCAUCACAACCAUACUUUGACCUUAAUAAAAUGACUGGAGCGACUGACACGACAAGGGGACCGUCGCAGCGGGGCUGAUGUAGACUCGUGAGCCAACGGGGCCGUUAACGUUACUACCUCCUUCUCCAAGUGAAAGCUUGAAGCGCGUAGUGGCUCAUUUGCGGCACAGUAGCACAGAGUAUUAUUGACUGCACAGGCUAAUGGGAUUGACAAACUAAUUCUGGUUGUGUGCGAAUGAGUGCACGGUAAAACCAGCUUUUCAGAGCUCAUGUUAUAAUUCAUAUUUGGCUGAAUGGUCGUGGAGAUGAAACAUCAAGAGCCGGGGAGAUGACCAUCCUCAGAUGAGUUGCGUCCUGUGAACUGCAACAUCAAAUCAUCCGCCGAAGCCUUAUGUUGCCACAUGUUUGAGAUGGUGAGUCACGUCCUGUCACUCCUGGAUUGUCUCAGUGAAUAGAGAGCUGGACAGUGAGGAAAGGAUCUCAGCUCGCCUGAUAAAUAAAGCCCUUUUUCGUCAACACAGCGUAGGAGAAAGUGUCACCACAGUGCUGGUGAGGCAUCUCUGUAGGCUGAUAAUUGGAGUGAAAGCAGUGUUGAGCGAUCAUCUUGCACUCAGAGCAUCUCACCUUUCAUGCCGUUGCCCCAGAGCCGGCUCUCAGGGCUGGACUGUCAGUGGGAAUGCAGAAUGACUCUCAGAUGGACAUGCUCAACAGAGCUGCUGAGUGCACAGGUGUAAAGUCGUGUUUUUGUUUGGAUGACUUCAUACAGGAUUAAAACAAUUUAACUGACUUAAUCUUCAUUUUAGCUGGUGCUCAGCGGGGCAUUGUGGUGGCAGCAGGGAUUGAUUCAUCUGCUUUAUGAGUUUUCAUCACUUGGAGAGUGUGUCUGAGUGGCAGGGGGAGCCAGCAUGGUCAAGCCUCUGCUGAAGAUACAACGCUAUUUCAGAAGGAAACCUGUUCGAUUCCUUUUACUCAUCCUCUUCUAUCUGUUUGCUGGAAGCCUUGUCUUCCUGCACUCUGGCUUCAUUGGGAAUGGUGGCCCUGGAGCCCGAGUGGGCCGGGACCCUGUGGUAGCUGCAGAGACGUCAUUGUCAGUCACUCCAGGGCCUGGGAUCACGAGUAGAGUGUUUAAGGAGACACGCAGGUCUACUCGGAGGUAUAGCCCUCCAUGGAUGAAAUCGACCAGACGGGAGCGCCAGGAGACGAAGGGCCAGGGGGGAUACUACACCAGCAACUGGAGCCGUGCACUUAAGGGACGAACUACCAAAGACAUGGAUACUGGAAAAGUAAAGUACAUUGGCUGCUAUGUAGAUGACACCCAGAAAAGAGCGCUGAAAGGAAUUUCCUUUUUUGACUACAAACGAAUGACUGUAUUCCGUUGCCAGGACAACUGUGCAGAGAGAGGUUACAUGUACGCAGGCUUGGAGUUCGGAGCAGAGUGCUACUGUGGCCAUAAGAUCCAGGCGCCCAGUGCUUCAGAGAGUGAAUGCAACAUGGAGUGUAAAGGAGAGAAGAGCAACCUGUGUGGAGGAGCCAACAGGCUGUCCAUCUAUAGGCUGGAGCUUGGCCAGGAGUCAGCACGCCGCUAUGGCAGCUCCAUUUUUAAAGGGUGUUUUCACCGGCCAGACAAUGUCAUGCUGGCACUUCCUUUCAGUGCAGUCAUCCAGAACAUGUCUGUGGACAAGUGUGUGGACAUGUGCACAGGGAAGGAGAAAUCACUGGCCGUCCUCGCUGGAGAUCGAUGCUACUGUGGCUUCCCGACUCCCCUCUUUUCACUUCAUGAGCUGGAGGAUGAGGACAUGUGUGCCCACCACUGCCAAGGGCAAGAGUUUGAGAACUGUGGGAACGAUGAGUACUUUGUGGUGUACCAGACGCAGGUUCAAGAUAAACGCUGCUUGGACCGACACUUCCUCCCCACUCAUGCUAAGCAGCUUGUGGCCCUCGCCAGUUUCCCCGGGGCUGGUAACACCUGGGCUCGCCACCUCAUAGAGCUUGCCACUGGCUUCUACACCGGCAGUUAUUACUUUGAUGGCUCCCUUUACAAUAAAGGGUUUAUAGGGGAGCGGGACAACUGGCGGAACGGGAAGACAAUCUGCAUUAAGACACAUGAGAACGGCAGGAAGGAGAUCGAAGUCUUUGACUCAAGCAUCCUCCUGAUCCGAAACCCCUACAAAGCCCUCAUGGCAGAAUUUAACAGAAAAUAUGGAGGCCACGUUGGAUUUGCCUCUCGGGCCCACUGGACAGGGAAAGAGUGGCCUGAGUUUGUGAAGGCCUAUGCCCCUUGGUGGGCGUCCCACACGUUGGACUGGCUGGAGUAUGGAAGGAAUGUCCAUGUGGUCCACUUUGAGCAUCUAAAGAGGGACCUGUUCUCCCAGCUCAAGGGGAUGGUCCAGUUUCUGGGCUUAAAGGUUUCUGAGGAGCGUCUGCUCUGUGUUGAGGGCCAGAAGGAUGGAAACUUCAAACGAUCAGGGUUUCGAAAGCUUGAACAUGACCCAUACACUCCUGAAAUGAAAGCAAACAUCAGUUCACUGAUCAGAACAGUAGACACUGCCUUGAAGAAAAGGAACAAGUCUGGAGUUCCAGAGGAAUAUAUGCCGAGAUGACAUAUAAGUUUCCCUUUUUAAAAAUCCGCUUAUUUGGACUACUCUGUCCAGAGCCUCUGCACCAUAUUACAUAUUACAUUACUUAUUCUUUCAAUUAUUUUCUAUGAUGUCAUGUAAGUUGAGUUGAAAUUGUAGAGAGCAGAAAUCAGUCUUCAUUAUUUUUGUUUUUAAUCAUCUUUUUCAUUUUCUGUUGAACUUCAGCAGUUUCAUGCAUUAAUAGAAGAGGAAGUUUUAGCAGGGAAGAGUUGUUGUCUCUUUGGCCAAAUGAAAAGCACUUCCUAUUUUGCUCUAUGCACAUGUGCUGUGUAGGCAUGUGCACACUCCUUAACAUAAACAAGGUACAAUAGCUGUGACUACAUAGACUGUACUGGUUGAUUUGUUGCCAGUGAUAAAACAUUUGACCUAAAAGAUAUAAUUCAGUGUUAUAUAAGCUUAUUUUUGGGGCAAAACAGAAAUAACUAUUAUGAUAAAAGUCAGAACAUUAAAUUUUCUGCUGCUAUCACAGUUACAGAACAGUAAUAUUUUAUACAUGAAAUGAAAAUUUAAAACGUUUAGCCCUUUGUGAGAGGGGAAAAUGCAAUAUGAAGCCUUUAACUACUUGAUAAAUAUACUGUGUUUGCAAGUUUUUGUAAGUUACUGAACUUACUGUAUGUAAAAAAUUAUUUUUGAUGAUAAAGGGGUAAAGAACUCAAUUCUCAGGUCCUCGUAUUCAAGAAGAUGAACAAUCCCUCUUGAAGGCACUGACUCAUGGAGAGAAGAGGACUUAUCUCUAUAGCAUUUAUUUAUCUCUGGUGUGCAGUGUUGAAUAAUUCGGUUGUGAAUGUUUUCAUGGCACUGGACUUGAUGCAGAAAUCCAAAAAGCACUUCACUGUGCAACACUUGCCCCAAAGAUCCCUGAAAAAUUAGAUAUGACACUCAUGUAAUAGACUGGAGGUGACCUCUGGUAGUAGUGAUCAUUAUAAAAUUAUUUUAUGAAAGCUAAUCAUAAUGUGAAAAUAGUUUUUAUUGCUGUUUUAAGAAGCUAAACAUUUAAAACUGAUGAGAAUUUUGCUCUUUAUAUUUUAAAAAGAUCUUCACAAACUGCUCAGAUCUUAAAACGGUACUCAAUGUGCUAUGCCAUAUGCUUGAAAAUAAACCAAUAUAUACAUAGAUACAUGGCCCUGCUGGCUAGGGUUCAUCACUCUCACCGCUGCGGCCCGAGCUCGAUUCCCG